AUGUUCCAUGACAUAGACUUGCGUUCAAUGUCAGAUGAUGCUGAUUCCGACUGGGAGCAAUUAGACCCUCGAUUUGAUGCGCCUCAGACCCCCUCCUCGACUGGCGACGAGGCUCCACCUCCACCUAGCUAUCGAACCGAAGCCAGCGAUGUCGAGAGCGACGAUGAAUACAAUGCCCAAGGUCAAGGCGAGCUGGCCCCUCGGCGCAAGCCAGGAGGCUAUGACAGCCGGGUUGAGCAGAUACUCUACGAGAACCCACAGCUCCCGAUUUUAAUCACCGAUGCGGGGAAAAGCCUCGAGAGUGGUGGUAGAUAUAUUGUCUAUACCAUUCGAACAGGAGAUCUUGAGGUUCGCAGGCGCUACUCGGAAUUUGCCUCUCUCCGGGAUGCUUUGACUAGACUUCACCCCACACUCAUAAUCCCUCCAAUUCCAGAGAAACAUACUAUGGCAGACUAUGCAGCAAACCCAACGAAUGCGAAGCAAGACCAACAAAUCAUUGACCUUCGAAAGCGCAUGCUUGCCGUCUUUCUCAAUCGUUGCCGGAGAAUGGAGCAGGUGCGGACAGACGGUGUUUGGUGGCGUUUCCUUGACCCGAACGCCAGUUGGAACGAGGUGCUACAUUCUCAUCCUAUCGCAUCCAUUCCGAAGUCUAUCUUCAGGGCACCACCACUAGACCCGGCCAAUCCCUCAGCAGGCCAUGCCUUCCUGCCUAUUCCUGCGACCUCUGCAAAGCUCAAGACUGGACAGGGGGCAGGCCCAAGUGUUGAGACUGCUUUUGGCACUGAGAGUGUUGCCCGUUUCCCUCCCGAGUCUGGCGAUAUCAGCGAACAAGAGUUGGAUCCAUAUUUCUUGUCAUUUGAAGCCUCUAUCAAGGACCUAGAGCAGCUUCUCAUGGGCCCCAUGGAGAAAGUAAAUCGACGAACACUGAGCCACCUGUCUUCUUUAGCCUCGGAUUUGUCCGAGCUGGGAGCUAGGUACAACGCGUUCGCACUAUCUGAGCAGGCACCGACACUAGGUCCUGCAAUCGAACGAAUAGGGCAGGCUGCUGAUAUGUCAUACAUUGCGACUGAAGAGUUGUCGACAUCGCUAGGUGCCAGUUUUGCAGAGCCGAUGAGAGAGAACGCACAAUUCGCGGGAGUUGUGCGGAGUGUUUUGAAGUACAGAGUACUUAAGCGUGUGCAACAAGAGAUGACGAAUGAUGAGCUCAAUAAAAAGAGAGCUCUCCUGGACCAACUAGAGCGUAGCGAGGCCGAAGCCAGGAGAAUUGAUCAAUAUCUCAGCAGCAGCCAACAGAUACAACCUCCGCGAAGGUCCACCAGCAUGCGCGAUCCAGCGCCCCAGCAUCGGAGGGACGGUAGCCAAGAGGAUACCGCUUCUAUCGACUCUGAUUUCCCUCCCACGCACGGCGAUGUUUCCUCUGCACCGUCAGCUAAGAUCGGCACUCCAGAGAGAUCCAACAGCAAUCCAGGUCAUAAGAAGGCGGCAAGCGGAAAUUCUAUUACGAAUAAGAUCUUCGGCCCAAUCCGCCACGCGGUGCAGGGUGUUGUCGACGUUGACCCAGAGCGGACACGGAGGGACACCAUUGGGAAGACUCGAGAGUCUAUCAGUCAACUCGAGCAAGCUCAAGUUGCCGCCGCGCAAGAUGUAAAGGAUGCAAGCGCCAGUGUGCUCAAGGAUCUCAAGAGAUUCCAACGGGAGAAGGAAGAUGAUCUGAAGCGAUAUAUGCUGGCAUAUGCCAAGAGUCAGAUCGAGUGGGCGAAGAAGAACAGAGAGACGUGGGAGGAGGCGAGAGCAGAGGUGAACAAGAUUGACGAAUCUUGA